AUGCAUUUGAUACAAAUGGAUUCUGUGCAGCGUUGGAUGGAGGACUUGAGAUUAAUGGCAGAAUGUGAGUGCAUGUGCAUACUUCAGUCAAAGCCCAUCAGUGUGGAUGGUGAUGGACUCAAUGAGCUAGUCAUAACAUCUCAGCAAAAAUUACAAGACAGCUUGCAGACGCUAUUGAAGAGAGCAUGGACAAUAACCACAGAACUGUCCAACAUUUUCUACAAGCUUGAAAAAAACAGGUGGCAAUGGAUUCAUUGCACAGCCGUGAGGAUGAACUGUCAUGUCAAAUCGUUGAUAAGUGAAUACAACAGUUACACUAGGACUGCUUCAGCGGAGAUACAACAGUUUGAAAAGAUUUUAAUAGAGAAAUGCCGUCACCUGAUGACAAUAACUGAGAGCUGUAUGCCUGAUGAAGAUGAAACAACAGCAUCCUCUGUGAAAACUGAGAUUGUUAAUACUCUAACAUCAUUUAGCCAGUCAUUCAGUCAGAUGGUGGAACUAGCUUUAACCCAUGAAAUACAGGACCUAGUGAAGCAAUUGGAUUCAGCAACCAGCAUAUAUAAUAUUGAGACAGCUGUCUUUAGCCUCAGUAGCCUGACACAGGAAGGUGCUCACUUGUGUCACAUCAUAGCCAAGGAAGGAGGGGUCGCAGUACUUUUCAAGCUGUGCAGACAGGACGCUCCUAGUUACUUGCAUGUCCACGCCCUCAAAGCACUGACAUCAAUAUGUAGUGUAGAGGAAGGCAUCAAUGAACUUGAGAAGGUGGAUGGUGUGCUGUGCUUGGCUGAUCUCCUCACUAAUGAAAGAAAUUCUGAAGCCACUCGUGCAGAAGCUGCAGCAUUGGUGUCACAAAUUACAUCUCCACACGUCAACUUUACACAGCAUCUCAGCAGCUUCUUAGAGAACAUGGAGGACAUAGUAACAGCACUUAUCAAUUUAUGCAAAGAUGCCUCAUCGGGUGAAGUGUUCCUGCUGGCUUCAGCUGCUCUUGCCAACAUCACAUUCUUUGAUUCAAUGGCCUGUGAGAUUUUGUUGCAGCUAAAUGCAACAAAGAUCCUUAUCGAAGCCUGUCGUGACCCACAGAGAGUUGACACUCCUUACUCUAAAGAUCAAGUAGUGACAAUACUGGCAAAUAUGGCUAUACUAGACCAAUGUGCUUCUGAGAUGAUACAAGAAAAUGGUGUAGAGCUUUUGCUGGAGUUUCUCCAUGAAAAACCUUUGCCUGGGAUUUCAGCAGAAGGUGCAGCAUUGGAAAGAGUAUUACAAAAGUCUGCUGUUACACUUGCCCGUCUAAGCAGAGAGCCAGACAUAACCCACAUUGCCACAAGCCUUAACUGUAUUCCUCGUCUGAUUGAGCUGUGCCGAUCCCCCUCAGAACGGAAUAACAGUGAUUCAGUGUUGGUGGCGUGCCUGGCUGCAUUGAGGAGACUAGCAGUUUCCUGUCGACAAAGCUUUGAGGAAUCAGACUACCAGCAGCUAAUUAAGCCUCGGCUUGUAGACUCUUUCUUGCUCUGCUCGAAUAUGGAAGAAAGUUUUGUCUGA